AUCCAGAUCAACUCUGAAAACAUCUCCAUUCAACUCGUAUUCAUCAUUCGCUUCGGUAUACGUCCCAGAAUGCCCCCUCGAAUUAGCGUCACAAACGACAUUCGCGCCGUCUCCAAUCUCUUUACAUUGGCUUUUCGAGAUAGCCCACCUACUGUAUUCGUGCUACGAGAUCGCGAUUCAACAUGGCCAGUGUCUAGCAUUCCACUAGACAUCCUUGGUCCGAAAAUGGUUGAAUGGACGACCUACAAACAAUCAAUGGGUGGAGAAUUGGUUGAAUCCGAUAAUUUCGCGGCCGCUGCGAUAUGGUUUCCUCCCGGUGCUGAACUACCUGCGAGCUCGGAAGAUGACGAGAAAAUCCGUCAGUUCAGAGCAAUGGCGGCCAGAGCCAAGAAAGAAUUCUUGAAUGGCAAGAAGUACUGGUAUUUAAAUAUGAUCGCAAGACAUCCCGAAAGAAAGGAACCAGGUGUCAUACGUGCUCUUUUUGAGCCUUACAUCGCCCGCGCCCGAGAGGAGGGUGCGACCAUCUGGCUCGAAGCUGUUAGCGAACAUAGCAAGCAGGUCUAUGAGCAUUUUGGUUUCCGGACUGUUGCAACUAUGCGUAUGGGAGAAGGAAAGGCUUCUCCGGACGGCGAGUUACAAGAUGGUGGUGAAGGAAUUCUGGUAUAUGCCAUGAUCCUGGAGUGAGCACAAGUGCAUUGAUUCUUGGUGAUACAUGAACAAGUAUAUUCAUCUCUGACGUCGUGAUCAUUCCUGUACACUCGCUGCGGCCAUGACGAAAUUC